AUGUUGGCUGAAAGGAUCAGAAGGAGAUCCUUUGGAAAGUUUAAAGGAAAAAGAAAAUCUGGGCAAGCUGAUAAGACCAAGAAGCCAUUUGACAUGUCCAAAGUCACUUGUUAUAAAUGUGGGAAGUCAGGACACAUAGCUAGUGAUUGCAGAUCCAAAGAGUCUUCGCAAGCUGUCCCAACCAAAGGAGGAAAAAGUGAGAAAAAUUCAAAGCUCAAGACCAAAUACAAAGCCUUGAAAGCACAAGUGGCUGAGCUGAGUAAGAAAGUUGAGAAAGAAGAAAAGAGUCUAGUUGCCAAAGAUUGGGCUGAAAGUGCAACUUCAUCUGAUGAUGAGUUGUAUGAAGAUGUCAAGUGUUUUAUGGCCAAGGAGGCUGUUCAAAAACACACCAGCAGAAGUAGGAGGCACAGAAACAGGAAUCUCAGACACCGAAGCUCUUAA